CGCGUUAAAGCCCAAAACCCCAAAACCAGAGAGAGUUUUCGUUAUCGCUAAUUUCCUAAGUUUCUAUAGAGUCUCCAAUUGCCUCGCGCUUCUUCUCACUCUCACGCGCGGGCUUUCGGAGAUUCACGCGCCACCAUGUCUGCCCCACCGACACUCCCCCAAUCCACCAACACAGCCGCCGCAGGCUCUGCAUCUCAGCCUCCCAUAGCCACGCCUGCUUUUCGCUCCUUCAUCUCCCGCAUGUCAUCCUCUCUCCGCCAAGGCUUCUCCCAGCGCCGUCCGUGGACGGAGCUCGCCGAUCGAUCCUCCUUCUCGAAACCGGAAUCCCUAACUGAAGCGUACUCAAGGAUCCGCAAGAACUUCAACUACUUCCGCGUUAACUAUGUAACCCUAAUCGUGUUCGCGGUCGCGGUUUCACUCAUCACGCAUCCGUUUUCGCUUCUCGUCCUCCUCGGACUCCUCGCGUCGUGGUGCUUCCUUUACCUCUUCCGCCCCGCAGACCAGCCGGUGAUUUUCUAUGGCCGCACCUUCAACGACAAGGAAACCCUAGGACUCCUCACCGCGCUCACCAUCUUCGUCGUGUUCCUCACCAGCGUCGGGUCGCUCUUGAUCUCGGCGUCGAUGGUCGGAUUGGCCAUCGUGUGUGCUCACGGCGCGUUUAGAAUGCCGGAAGAUCUGUUUCUCGACGAACAGGAGCCAGGAUCCACCGGACUUCUUUCGUUCCUCGGUGGCGCCGCCACUUCCGCCGCCGCUCCGGUAGUUUCGCGGGUGUAGAGUUUCGGGGAAUCUACAAAGGUUCGCCGCUGGAUCGAAGGUUAUUUUGGUGUUCCGAUAUAAGGCUCUUGGUUGCUGGAAGUAAUUUCUGGUAUUAUUCAUUUGUAUGCGUCUUGAUGUGGCUUCUCCAUGAAGCAACAUAGGAGAUAUUUACCCCAUAAGCCAUAAUUGGCUUGAGUGUAGGGACAUAUAUAUAUAUAUAUAUUUGCCUUUGAGCGUGAUAGAUGUUACAGAAAAUCUGGUUUUGGGGCCUUGUUGGAUUUUGAGUUAGAUGACCUGCUGCAGACUGGCAUUGCCAGAACGUAGAAAUGAUCGGUUUUGUUGGGUAGUUGCCUCCAACAAAUUCUAUAAUCUUUUGUUUUGUUAUUGCCUGGGUUUUGGUAAGAAAAAGUGUCUGUGGUUGUUGGAACCUGGAUGUUGGUUUCUUCUCAUUCUGACUUCUUAAAGAUUAAUGCUAUAUCUUACAAACAUAAA